AUGUCCGAAUUUGGGGUCAUGGAUGAGGCCAUGAAGAGUCUGAGAGACUUGGCGGCUGAGAGGAAGGCUUUUCAGGAGGAGGCCCAGGAGAAGGAGGCUCAGGCGGAGCGGAGGCAUCAGGAAGCACUGAAGUCCAAGUCUGAGGAGUUAAGAGCUAAGGAUGAUGCCCUGAAGGCCUUGGACGAGGCCGUGACUAAGGCCAGGCAUGAGCUUAGGGAGGCCAAGGAGGCAGUUGAAGAUCUGAUUGCCAAGCUGAAGUCCAUGGAGGAGUUGAACCAGGCUGACUUGAAGAUGACAGCCAACCUAACCGUUGAGGUGAAGGAGCUUCGUGAUUCCGAGGAUCAGACUCAAAAGAAAGCGAAAAGAGACGAGCUCCUGGCUCCCGUUAUGCAUCGACCUUUGCACCAAACGCUUCGAUGA